UGUGAUUAUUACACAGCUCAAUGCUUUCAUAGGGCGGUGGCUGGUGGAAGGGGGGAGCCAGCAAUACGGGUCCGUACAAGGCAGUCACAACUCACACACAGGAUAGAGAAGAAACAUCUCAAGGGCAAAAGAGGGACCGCCGGACUCUGAUCGAGCCCAUCCAUCUACAUGCGCUGCUCCCACAGCUGAUUGGCUGUUUGUCUUUUUGCUGUGUGAUACUGUUAAGAACAUCAGUGAUUAAUUCAGUACAUUCCUUAUCGGAGGCUCCGGCAAUGCAGUUCCAGUAUUAAGGUGGAUUCCCAUUUACUUUGUUUCCCUGGUUUAUGUAAGAGGCUGCGCCGCUGUCAUGGCUCUGAGAUGGGGACCUUGCCUUCUGGGGACAGUGCUUGUCUCUUUGCUCUGCAGCCACAUGGAGGCCUUUCAGAUGCCUAAAGAAUAUGUAAUGCAAGAAAUAAUGUAUCCACCAACUAUAACUGAACAGUCACCGGCAAAGUACGUGGUAUAUCCCAAUGAUGACAUUGUGCUCAAGUGUGAAGCCAAGAGAAAUGCAAAAGUAAAAUACACCUGGAAAAAGGAUGGGGAAACGUUUGCGCCAGAGGAUGGCCCAAGUGUCAAUCGCAAGAAAGAUUCAGGAUCUAUAAUCAUCUCUAAUGGGAAUGGGAACGCAAUGAAGGAUUUUCAGGGCAAAUAUCGUUGCUAUGCCACCAAUGAACUGGGAACAGCCAUCUCACACGAGAUCCAUGUAAUCACUGAGAGCACCCCAAAAUGGCAGAAGGAAAUGAUCCGUCCUAUUGAGGUUGAAGAGGGUUCCUCAUUGAUAUUACCGUGUAAUCCACCUAAAAGUGCCGUACCUCCACGAGUCAUCUGGAUGAACAGCAGCUUAUUGCACAUCACACAGGAUAAGCGUGUGUCAAUGGGCGUAAAUGGAAACCUAUAUUUCUCCAAUGUACAAAAGCAAGACGAACAUCCUGACUACAUCUGUCAUGCCCAGUUUGUUGGUGCACGUACCAUUGUGCAGAAGGAGGCGAUAUCUAUCAAAGUCAGACCCACAAAUUCGGUGAAAUUUCGAAGGCCGGAAAUGAUGUUACCUGAAGGCUCCAUGAGCACUGUUCUGGCAUUAAGAGACCAACCCUUGCAACUGGAGUGCAUAGCCGAAGGCCUCCCUACCCCAGAGAUUGAGUGGAUUCCCCUCACUGGCUCCACUACCAAUGGUCACAUUCAAUAUGAUGACUUUAAGAAAACCCUUCACAUUGACAAGGUUCAAGAUGACGAUGAUGGGGACUAUCAGUGCACUGCCAAGAACACACAAGGCACAGCCACACAUACCUUCACAGUGGUUGUUGAGUCUGCCCCUUACUGGAUUAAUAAACCAAUGGAUGGAAUCUAUGCACCGGGCGAGGAUAUCAUACUUCACUGUGAAGUUGGAGGGAAACCUAAACCUAAGGUCACAUGGAAGAUAAACGGAGCAUCUUUGAAAGACUCCGAUCUAUAUCACAACUGGAAACUGAGCGAGGGAAGUUUGGUCUUAAACAAUAUGCAACUCAAUGACACGUCUGUUGUUCAAUGCGAGGCCCGCAACAAACAUGGAAACCUCCUUGCCAAUGCUUUUGUCUAUGUUGUUGAGCUGCCCCCACAGAUCCUCACCAAAAAUGAUGAGCAGUACAGUGUAGUUGAAAAGACAAAUGUUUCAAUGGACUGUAAGACUUUUGGAGCUCCAAUGCCAAAGAUCCAAUGGGACAGAGAUCAGGAAGACAACCUGCUUGCUCUUGACCAGUUUUCCUUCCACACUAAUGGGACACUGACAAUAACAGGAGUGGUCAAGGAACAUGAAGGAAUAUAUUGGUGCACUGCCAGCAACAACCAGGGAAACGUUAACAUCUCUGCCUACUUAGAUGUCAGAAAUGCCACUAAGAUCAUUAGUCCCCCAACGGAGCAGAGAGCGAGAAAAGGUGGGAAAGCGAUCUUCCAGUGCACGGUGGAAUUUGAUCCCAAAAUGAGUAGUAAAAUUAUAGACUGGAAGAAAAACGGCUUGGAAAUAAAUGAAGAUCCCGACAACGAUAAAUACUUUAUUGAGGAUUACACCCUAAGUAUUUCCAAUGUACAAGAGGGCGAUCAGGGGAUGUACACCUGCUUGGCACGCAGUGAACUGGAUUCUGUGGAACAGACUGCCGAACUGGUGGUGAUUGAUCUUCCUGAAUCUCCUUCUGAUUUGGAGCUUUCUAACGCACAAGAAACAAGUAUAACACUAACCUGGACUCCAGGCAAUGAAAACAACAGUCCCAUUGAGGAGUUCAUUAUCGAGUUUGAGGAAGACAGCUUUGAACCAGGAGUAUGGCAUGAACUCACAAGGGUGGACGGAGAUAUGGUUACUACUGAUCUGAAUCUUUCUCCCUAUGUCAACUAUCAGUUCCGAGUGAUUGCCGUGAAUGAGGUUGGACCUAGCAAUGGAAGCAACCCGUCAGAUCGUUAUCGGACACCUCCAUCUGCUCCAACAAAGAAUCCAGAAGAGGUGAAAGGGGAGGGCACAGUACCAGAAAACAUGAAAAUCUCCUGGAAGCCAUUGAAAGGCAUCGACUGGAAUGGCCCUGACUUCAAAUAUCUUGUAAAAUGGAGGCGACUUGGUAAAGAUGAUUGGAGGGAGGAGGUAGCAGAGAGCCCCCCAGUCAUUGUGACAGAGACAAGCACAUUUGAGCCUUAUGAGAUCAUAGUCCAGUCAGUCAACGAUCUGGGCAGGGCUUCUGAACCCAAACCUAUAAUUGGCCACUCUGGGGAGGACUUUCCUGACAUUAGCCCUGAGAAUGUUGGCUUAGAGGCUAUGAACGAGAGUGCAAUCAAGGUAGCAUGGUUGCCUGUGCAGAAACAAGGGCUGAACGGUCAUUUAAAAGGAUUUAUGGUAUACUACAUUAGCCAUAGCAGCCGGCACAGGCAGACCAAGGAGUUACGGGUCCAUGGUAACACAACACAUGCAUUAAUUACUGGGCUAAAACCUUUCAGUAACUACUCAGUGGAAGUCGCCAUCAUGAAUGGAAAGGGACCUGGGGACCGUAGUGAGUCACGCAUGAUACGCACUGAUGAGGGAGUUCCAAGUCCACCUUCAUUUUUACACCUGGAGCGCCAAUCUGACACAUCACUGACUCUCAUAUGGGGCCCACCGGAAACUCCCAAUGGAAUUCUAACAGGAUACGAGAUAUAUCAUCAGAUAGUGAACAAAACUCACAUGGGAGCAAAGUACUUCUCUGAAACUAUCAAUGAUCCCACGCAGCAAAAUUGGACACUUUCAAAUAUCAGCUCCAAAGACACGUACCGGUUCUAUUUAUAUGCCACAACAUCGGUGGGACAGAGUGAAGCUGUUAUGGUGGAAGGCAGCACUAUGCAGGAGAUAGAGGUUCCUCCCGUGCUGAAUGUCAGUAUCGAGACUGGGGACAGUGUGGUCACUCUAAACUGGAUGCAGCUGGAGGGAUCGAGUAACGCAGAGAUCAAAGUCGAGAUCAGGAACAAAUCUAGUGAACACUUGUGGCACCACUAUGGUUCAGUGAACACCACAGACUCUACCUUCCAGCUGAGCGGCCUCCUCCCUGGCACUCCUUAUUUCAUACGGCUUAUGGCCCUUAAUCACACUCAGCAUGUUGAAAUCUGGAGUAAAAUGGUACAGACCACCGGAAUAGCUAUUACCAAGGAACAGAGAGGAUUUGCUACUGAGGGCUGGUUUAUUGGGCUGAUAAGUGCCAUUGUACUCCUACUGCUGAUCCUACUCAUUCUUUGCUUUAUUAAGCGCAGCAAAGGAGGAAAGUACUCUGUGAAAGAUAAAGAAGAUACUCAAGUGGACUCUGAAGCCCGGCCAAUGAAGGAUGAAACCUUUGGGGAAUACAGAUCUCUAGAAAGUGAAAAUGAUGAGAAGCCUUUCACUAGCAGCCAACCCUCCCUCAAUGGGGACAUCAAGCAACUGGGUAGCGAUGACAGCCUGGCCGACUAUGGUGGUAGUGUGGAUGUCCAGUUUAAUGAAGAUGGCUCGUUCAUUGGCCAGUACAGUGGCAAAAAGGAGAAGGAGCCAGCAGGAGGCAAUGAAAGCUCUGGAGCGACCUCACCGGUCAACCCCAACAUUGCCAAUGAAUAGUGUGUGUUAUAGCGACCAAGAAGGGUUGUCGGGGAAGUUUUAGUUUGAAUAUCAGGGGGUGGCAGGAGAAAUUGGAUGGAUAUGGAGAAUUUAUUUUUUGCUUGCACGUCACCUAACUAAUUUGGUGCCAGAGGGGUAUCUAGCCCAUAAUCUUUGUAGCCUCUCUAGCACCAAAGUGGUUGAACCGCUAUAUUCUCUUUGGACUGUGGCUUCGUGCCAUGUGUGUAAAUGGGAAUCAAGGAAAAAUAAAAACAAGGACCAUAACAGGAAAAAAAAUGACAGAUGGUUUCAUAUAUCAUCUGCAGAGGAUGUGUGCCAGUGUUCUAAUUUUUAUUUAAAAAUCAAAUAGCAAGGAAUGGACAAAAUAAAGGACUGAGGAGAAAACCACGUGGAGAGAAAAAAAUAAAGAAAAACCAAAGUAUAAGGGAAAAAAAGACAAAAAAAAUAGCAUUUCUCUCUUUCACGCCAAGUUCUGCUUUCACGUUUGCCACAGACGUGUUCCUUUUAUAUGUUGUCUCUUAUUUGUGAUGUUCUCUUCCCAUUUGGUUGGGGGAUCUGUAGACAAGAACCCCCAGCUCUUCCAUUGGUUAUUACUAUCUUGAGUGCAGCCGGCCAAAUGAUAAAGACAUACAAAAAAAAAAAAAAAAAAAAAAAAAAAACCUGAACAAAUGUGUAUUUAAAUGUGCUAUUUGAAUGCAAAUGAGCAAAAAAAAAAAACCUUGCGCUUCUUGUACGGUGAUGAUCCCUUUCCUUCUGUAUCUCACACACCUACUCAGUGGUAGGCUGAAAAAAAGGGGUGCUUCUUGUUAUGGUGAUGACCCCUUACCUUCUGUAUCUCACUCACCUACUCAGUGGUAGGUUUAAAAAGGGGUCCCCCUGGUCGCUUACAGUACACCGGCACGUGGGGUCUUCUUCAUGCUCCCCUUGUCUGCCUUUAAGUUCAUUGGUAUUAACCCUUGUGCAACUGGGUGGUUUCCAGCAGACCCCUCUGGUACAAAGAGUGAAAGAAUGACAAUGGCUUUGGUGGUUGCCAUAUUUAGCCGUUGACGCUCAUCUAGCUCACUAGCAUCAAUGAACGCCAUUUCCGAUUUUUACAGAAUUUAUGCCAGGGCCAGAUGCAAGCUCAGUAAAUUCUAUAUUUUUGCUGUAAGAUUAGAUGCAGGAUUCAUACUCAGGAUCUGUUAAGGUCACCUAUAUGCUGCAAAAGAAGCUAGGAAAUGCUAGCGGGAGAUGUGUGCCCAUGUCUCCUAGCAACAAGUCCGUGAAACCUUCUGAGGACCAGAAAGGGGUGCAAUGAAGUCUAUUGCUCCCCCUGGUGCUUAAGGUGGGGUUCCACGUGGUAAUUACAGGGUUUAGCAUGAUGCAUAAUAAAACAAGUGGAUCGGUUUACAAAAACCACAGGCAAAUGAGGCUAUUCCUACUAGAAAUGAUUGGUGUGGGCAGGUUAUUAGAGUGGGCCCUCCAAAAACAACAGAACACCAUUUGGCUUUUCCUAUUUCAGCCUUUUCAAGGUCCAUAAAAGUGAGAUUCUUCCCUGAAAGGACACAAUAAAUGUUUAUGGUUUUUUUUGAGGGGCCCGUUGAUGCCAUUUUAAGACUUGUUUUAUUGCAUCCCUUUAUUGACAACUUGCAUAAAAUGCCUGAAAGCUCUGGUUUUUGUAAAGAUACUCCAUACAAAAAGAGAUCCAAUUCCCAAACAGACACAGCUGUGGGUGGCCAUUUUGAGCCAUGACAGUUAAUGUGUGGGAUUUUUUUCAGGUGUCAGGACCAAACGUCAGUAUGUUUCCUAUAGUCUUUUUCCUCAGGAGCUGAUGCAUUGUGAGGUUCAUUAAUUCCACCUUAAUCUCCCUUUGCUUUUGGGAACACUGUUAUUGGGUAUAACCUAUCCUGCUCCCUGUGUUCUUUCUGGUAGAAUUAAGCAGCAGGCUCCCCACCUCAGAGGCCUCAGACAGAGGUGCUGUAUGACAGAUGUCAUUAUUUUCCACUGUCUGACACCUCCACUAUCUCCCAUCCCGAUGACAUGGGUGUAAAGUCUAGGGGGUAUAUUUAUCAAAGAAUGAAGUUAGAGAUCACAAUAGUCACCACUCUCCAUUAAUUUCUAUGGAAUUUUUAAAAGAGUAUUUGUCAAUGGGUGAAAGUUCAUCCUUUGAUAAAUAAGCCUUUCAAAUUCCAUAGAAAUGAAUGGAGAGUGGCAGAAUUUCACUCUAGCAGUCUGUGGUGAUCUCUAACUUCACUCUUUAAUAAAUAUGCCCCUAGGUCUUUUCCUUAGGUUGGGCUGGAGGGACCAAUGACUAGAAAACCUCCAAACAAUAAGUAUACUAAAAGAAAGAACAUUUCUGAAUUCUCUUGUAGUAGGGUGGUCCCACAUUCCCAUAAUAAUGGUUUACUGGCAACCCCUAUGCAAACAUAUUGAGUGAUUCACAACAAAAUAUAUAUCUGGAUGCCAAGACCCUCAUAGGCUUGGCUUUCUGUUGGGAUGUCCUCAAAUGUCAGCAUUCUCUACAAGCCAUGUUGGUAACUGUAGUGCAACAUCAGCUAUAGGGCAGCCUUAGGCUCAUCUAUGAUCCAGGCUUAGGGAAGGCAGCAAACCUAUCCCAAAAUGUUGACCACUGUUGUAAGUUCCUUAAGUCAAGACCAGUAAAUGCCCCUAGGUACAAGCUAGGUGCAUGUCAGUAUUAUGAGCUGGAGCUUUAACCUACCUACCCUUUCAAGACCCUCCCUACAUCUACAAGAGCUUUAACCAUCCCUUGCAGCUGGUUAAUAACAGUCCCAAAUACUUGGGAAUGAAAGUGUUCCAUUAUGACACAACCUGUAGAAUGUGCAGAUGACUAUGUAACUGAUCACAUUCCGACGCAUGUAACACUGCCAGGCUCUCCCCCUCACUGUAUAAUAUCCAGAUUGUGAAGAAGUAAAUAUGGCAGGUUGGUACAGCAAUGAAGCAGCAGAUGGUAGAGGAAUAGUUGUUUUAUUAGCCUCUUAUCUUCCAAAAAUAACUCAAAAAGCAUGUGACUGGUGCUGUAACAUGUGCUGUGGAAAUGCCUAAUAUAGCACUAGUACAUUGCAUAUUAGAUCAAAGACAACAAAAGCUGUAUAUUUUUUACUUUAGUGUCCCUCACAGGUAGGUUUUACCAAUAUGGCUACAAGAUAAUAAUACUGUAUAACACUGUAUUCUUGGCAAUGCUCACACUCAUAUCAGUGGCAUAUUCCCUCCAGCCCUCAACGGAGUUGACUGACAUUUUUGCACCCAGGGGUGCAGGCUGCAGGCACUUCUGGUGGCGAAGGGGUUACAAAUUAAACAAAAGCCGGGCCUGAUGGGUGCCGCACUGAACCUUUUUGAAUGUAAAUAGUAUUUCGGAAGUUUGUAUCUGCCGGUAGUGUAUAGGCCUCUGUAAGUCUCUGUCUAUAGCUUGGUAUUGUUAAAGAAAAAUACAACUAUAUCAUGAUA